AUGGCGAGAACGGGAGAAGAAGAGAAGAAAGAGGGGAGGAAAGGAAGAGGCGGAAGGACAGGUGCGAGGAGAACUGGUGACAGGAAACGAGAAGAAGAGAAGAGGAGGAGAGGCGAGAGAGUAAGGCGAGAAGUGAGAAGGAAAGAAGCAGCCAGGAUGGAAGGAGAGAGGAGAAAGGACAGGCAGGAGGAGAUGGCAAGGAGGAGAGAAAGAGCGCAAGGAGAGCAGAGGAGAAAAACAGAGAUGGGAAUAGGGAUAUUGGGGGUAAAAUGGGGGAGUGAGAUAGAAGCAUGGAAAAGGGUGGAAAGGGAAAUGGAGAAGAGGAUGAGGGAGAGGGCGGAGAAAGAGGGGUGGGAAAGGAUGAAGGGAGCAGAGAGGGAGAGAAGAAUAAGGGAGGUAAGAAGAAGAAACAUAAUAUGGAAGGGAGUGGAGGGGGAAGGGGCGAUAGAAAGAAAGGCGAUAAUAGAGGGGAUCAUGAAGAGGGAGCUGGAAAAAGAGGUGGAGAUAGGAAUUGUGACGGAAAGAGUAGAGAAAAAGGGGAUGAUGGUGGUGAUUACGGAGGUGGUAAGGGAAGAGAAUAGAGAUUGGUUGUUAGAGAAAAGGGCCGAGAUUAAGAGUCGCUGGGAAGUGAGGUUAGACGAAGAUCUGUCAAUGGAGGAGAGGAAAAUCAGAUGGAGGAUGCUGGAUAGGGCAAAUGAGGAGAGAAAUAAAGGAAAAAAAGUAUACGUGGGGAAUAGAAGUAUGUGGGUGGACGGGGUAGAAUGGGUGUGGAAUAAAGGGAAAGAGUGGGAGAGGAAAAAGGGGGAGGGAACUGAGAGGAGAAAGAGGGUGGAGGAGGAAGAGAAGGGAGGAGAGUAG